UGGGCGCGGGCCGCUGUUGCUAUGCGCGCCCCUACUCUGCCCGCCGGCCGCGCGCCCCGCUGCGCGCCCCCGCGGCGGGCACGGGCACGGGCGCUGCCGCUGCCGGGAUGGUGCGCGGCGGGGACAAAGGGCCGCGCGCCGCAGGUUACUGUUUAACCACUUAAGGGCAGACCUUGUAGGUGAAGGUUAAUAGCAUUGGAAAAAUUACCUGAGGAGCUUCAUGCUGCUUCAUCAUCAAUUUCACCUCUGUUCUUUCUGAGAUCCUUGCGUUUCUGAUGAAGAAGUGUACUCUCUGCCUCUGAUCUGCUAGCCUUACUUCUUUUCCUCCACUCCACGCACUAAAUGCGGACUGCAAAUACUGAAAGAAACCUCCUGAAGCUGAACGUAGCCUCGCUAGCUAGGAGGAGGAUUUUGGGUGGUCAAACAUGUUCUGACAAAGUUCCACAAGAUAUAUUACCCACCGCUUAGAUGGCGAUGAACAGGUUGUAACAUCAAAGAGUUCUGAGAGAUGAAGUAAGAAAGCUUAAAGAGAAGAUGAAUGCAGAAAGAAACUACAGUUCUACAGAUACUUUAGAUGAAUACUUCGAGUAUGAAGCUGAGGAGUUCCUGGUCUCCUUGGCCUUGCUGAUCACUGAAGGUCGAACACCUGAAUAUUCGAUAAAGGGCAGAACAGAGGGCUUCCACUGUCCUCCAGCACAAUCGAGUCAGCCCCCAACAACUAAGCAUGAAUGCAGUGACAGAGUGGCUCAGUGUCGUCAAGCCAGGCGAACCAGAUCUGAGGUUAUGCUGCUGUGGAAAAACAAUAUUCCGAUCAUGGUAGAAGUGAUGUUGCUUCCAGACUGUUGCUACAGCGAUGAAGGGCCUAACACUGAGGGGAGUGAUUUAAAUGAUCCUGCAAUCAAACAAGAUGCAUUGCUGUUAGAAAGGUGGAUUUUGGAACCAGUUCCUCGACAAAGUGGAGAUCGAUUCAUUGAAGAGAAGACACUUUUACUGGCUGUUCGCUCUUUCGUUUUCUUCUCUCAACUGAGUGCAUGGCUGAGUGUUUCACAUGGUGCUGUUCCCCGUAACAUUCUGUACAGGGUGAGCGCUGCAGAUGUGGACUUGCAGUGGACGUUCUCCCAGACACCAACUGAGCACGUGUUUCCUGUUCCUAAUGUUUCUCACAAUGUGGCCUUGAGAGUCAGUGUCCAGUCCUUGCCCAGACAGUCGAACUACCCAGUUCUGACUUGUAGUAUUCACACCAACCUUAGCUUUUACGAAAAGCAAAUGCAAGAGCGUAAGUUACAUCAGCGCAGUGAAUCCAGUGCGGCAGAGCAGUGCAGUACCUCCAGUUCACAGCGUGUCUGUGGGAAACAAGCGUGGACAAUGACACCUGAAGGCCUACUUAAUGUAAAAAAGACACCCGAAUUUACUACAUCUAUCAGAAAUUUAAAGCUUUAUCCAUCUACUGGCCUUGGAUCUGACUGUGGGGCAUCACAAUCUAAAGUUCAGUGCUAUAAUGCUACAGCAGACAAUAAGACACAAUCUCAUGAAACAGCUGUCAGAACUUUUAAAACCUUUUCUUUAAUUGAUUCCCGUGUUACAAAUGGUCAUUGCUCUCAUCAGCCCACCGGAGAAAUCAACCCUUUAAUAGGCUCUUUACUUCAAGAGCGACAAGAAGUCAUCGCAAGAAUUGCUCAGCACUUGAUUCACUGUGAUCCAGCUACUUCACCGGUUGUUGCUGGACGUCCCUUCAACCUACGUGAAACUGGCUCAGCUAUGCCAAAAGCUUUUCGGAGUACUUACGAAGAUGAAAACUUGCUUAAGAGAGGCAAGGAAACCUCCCCUGCUUCUGUUGCCAACUUAGAUAAAGCAAUACAAGAAGAUGGCGGUGAAGGCAAAACCAGAGCAAUACCAGAGAUCCCAAGGCUCGAUCCCCGUGCUCCAGUGAACCACUGUGGCCGUCCCUCUGCAGGAGAGGGAAACCCUCUCAUCGAUUCUCUGCUUCAGGAGCGGCAGGAGGUUAUAGCAAGGAUUGCCCAGCACUUGAUUCAUUGCGAUCCAGCUACUUCUCAUGUUGCGGGACGUCCAUUCAAAGCAUGUGAAACUAGCCCAGUUACUUCAAAAAUUUUCCGAAGUACAUAUGAAGAUGAAAAUUUGCUGAAGAAAGGCAAGGAUCCGUCUUCUGUUUCUUUUGCUAAAUCCAGUUUUUCUUUGCUAGAAGACAGCAGUAAAUCAAGGACAAAAACACCUGAUACUCCUAGCAGUACUUCUAGGUUUGAUGGUGAAUCGAAGGCUUCUCUGAAACUCCAAGCAAGAAGAAAAUUGAUUUUAGCAAAACCUAAUGAAGCUGUCCGACACGCAUUUCAUCAGACUUCAAAUAAGACUUCUCAUUUAUUUACUAAUAUGCACACAUCAUCAUCAUGUGUUAAAGAAAAUAAAUCUGAAUUGCCAGAAAAAUUGGAAAUAAUACAUUCUGGUUAUGUGCAGAAAGACCAGAUAACCAAUAGAAUUAAACAGUGUUCAAAUUUUAGCAGCAUUGAUGAACAGAUUUGCACAAACAAACUUAAAGAAAGAACAGUUGUUAGUGAGAACAACAACACGGACAGUUUUAACAAUUUACAGAUAGAUAAAUGCAGAAUACUUGAAGGUACAAAAAAAGCAUCUGUGAUGCAGGCAUCUGACUCUUUGCACAAGAAUGAGCUCAAGUGUUUAGAUAAAGACUCGAAAAAAACAAAUAUUUAUGAGCAAAAUACUCAGCUUAUUAGUAUUGAAAAUUAUUUAAAUAAAGACCAUGACAGUUUCAAAAAUAAAAACAAACAAGAGAAAACAAAAACUGCACAUGAUGAGAAUGAAGACCCAGUAGGCCUUGAUUUCCAAAGCACUUCUCAGAAGAAAUCUACGGAAGACAGCUCAGUCAGGUGUGAGCGACUGAAGAACCCAGAUAUGCAGAAAGCACCAUCUCUAAAACACACAAAUAUAUGGCGGAAACACAACUUUCGAUCCUUGGAUGGAACUUCAACCAAGGCUUUUCAUCCCAGAACUGGAUUGCCUCUACUUUCAAGUCCUGUUCCUCAAAGAAAAACACAGUCUGGGUGCUUUGAUCUGGAUUCAUCGCUGCUGCAGUUGAAAUGUUUGUCUGCAAGAAGCCCACAACAAUGUAUAAACAGAGACAGUGAUCCAGAGAGCCAUGGGAAACCAUUUUUAAGUUCUAGCGCUCCACCAGUAACAAGUCUUAGCCUUCUGGGAAACUUUGAGGAGUCUGUCUUGAAUUUUCGCUUAGACCCGCUAGGCAUCGUUGAGGGUUUUACAGCAGAAGUGGGAGCGAGCGGAGUCUUUUGUCCCACUCACAUGACUCUGCCAGUGGAAGUGUCAUUCUACAGCGUUUCGGAUGAUAACGCACCCUCUCCUUACAUGGGUGUAAUUACUCUGGAGUCCCUUGGUAAAAGGGGUUAUCGGGUACCGCCUUCAGGAACGAUACAAGUGACCUUAUUUAACCCUAACAAAACUGUGGUGAAGAUGUUUGUGGUGAUCUAUGACUUGAGAGAGAUGCCAGCUAAUCAUCAAACAUUCCUACGGCAAAGAACUUUCUCUGUUCCUGUGAGACGAGAAAUCAAGCGGACUGUCAAUAAAGAAAAUAGUCAACAGACUGAAGAAAGGCUACUUCGCUACCUCAUACAUCUGAGGUUCCAGAGUUCUAAAUCUGGAAAGAUCUACCUCCACAGAGAUGUAAGGCUCCUAUUCUCUCGGAAGUCCAUGGAAGUUGAUAGCGGCGCUGCAUACGAACUCAAAUCUUACACUGAAUCUCCAACAAAUCCUCAGUUUUCACCAAGAUGUUAGCAAACAAUGGCAAACUAAAGUAUUCAUUGUACUGUUGAUUACUCCUUACAAGGGAAGAUCGGUAAAGUUGACAGUAUAAAAUUAAAUCUGUAAAGGAAUGAAAAUAGCGCUCGAGAGAGAAGGUUCUUAUGUGAUCCUGGACCAGUUUUGUAAAAGGUCUCUGGAAUGAGCUUUGUGUAUUCCAAGUAGACUGGAAACGUACUUAAAUCUAAUCUUUUUGUACUGUUUAAAACCACUUCAUUGGAUGUGUUGCAAUAGCAAAUUCCCAAGUUAGUUUAGUGUUUACACUUUUUAUUUUAUUUUUCAGUUAUUUAAUAUUUAAUGUUUCAUUUAAUACUCAAGUGAUGUUUGUCUUUAGUGUUCUAAUGUAGCAUAAAUCCUAUGUAAAAUCAUACUAUGUAUUUUUGGCAUUAAUAUUGAAAUCUGAAAUAUAUACAGAUGUCUUUAAUCUGUGUGAUGUUUUUAAGUGAUAUUCAUUUAAGUUAUUGAAAAUGGGGACAGCAGUUGAAUUUCCGUAACAUUUCAUACUAUGCAAGCAUUCAGCUUUUUUCUUUUGUUUCUUUGAUGGUACCCUUUUUUCUUUUUUCCCCUCACAUACAGAUUUAACACCACUUGCAGCCAUAGCGCAGAAUGUUUGUUUUCUUACUCAUGCAUUCAGAUCAUUGAUUCAAUUCAUAUUUGGCUCCCUCCAUUUUUUUCUUUCCUAAAGGGCCACUUUAAUACUGCUUUUUGUUAGUUUCACAUAAUUCCCCCCCCCACAUCUGAUUUCCGAUUGUGCUAAAGGAUGUACUGUGCAAACGAAUUAGCAUUUAUAUCUUAAAUAUAUGCAAAAGCUAUGGAACAUGUACUUUUUGUUUUAUUUUUAGAUAAGGAGGAUCUUCAUGUAAUCCGAAAUAUUUUUAAUAGAUCAAUUCCAUUUAGGCCACUAGGUGGCUAUAUGAAGUUUUACUAGAGAUGCUACAUUGGGAAUAUAAAUGCUUUCCAAUACGUGUAUUCCUAAAACAAAUCACAGUCAGAUAAACAGUUUAUGCUACGUGUUAAACUGUGUAACUGAGAGAAAUAAAGCUAGAAGCGUUUGAUUAUA